GAUCUAGAGGGAUGACGAUGUCAGGUUUUAUUAAACCAUAACGUAGAGGAAUAACGUUCUUAUGAAUAAUGUAGCAGUGUAAUCCAUUAUUUAAUACAUUUGAAUAGAAUUAAGAGAAGAAAACUUUUUAAAAUUACGUUAGCGUGUUAAGGGAAGAAAAAAGUAACACACACAAAAUGUUUUUACGACUUUGGACAGGAUUAUUUGUUCUACUGAAACUUGUGUCAUCUAUGCCAUUAAAUGAAAACAGCCCAUGUAGCGGGUUGGGAUGCCGAAAGACAGUAUCAAUGCCGCUUUUAGAUCAAAUGAAAGGCAAUCUCAAAGCUGAAUUUGAUGUAUCUGAAAUGAACAAGCUAUUAAAGGCUUAUAUAGAUCAGGAAAUCCGAUCCGGAGUGGAAAUUGGCUUGAAAAAUGGUGUUGAAAAUAUGAUCAAUUUAAGAAUGCAGCAGAUUCAACAAGAAACAGCAAGUGCAAUAGACAAAAAUAUGUCUAGACAUAUCUCGACGUUUGAAUCCACAUACCUAAAAGGUCAGACGUAUAUGGUCAAUUUACUGAAGGAAACAGUUGGUGAUUUCAAAAAGAAAACAGAUCCGUUAAGACAGGAAUACGCGAUAUUAAUCAAAGAAUUGUUUAAAGUAUCAACGAAGUAUGCGUUUUUUGCAACUCUAUCAUCUGAUAAAAAUAAUCUUCCUAACAACGCCGUCGUAAUAUUUGAUGCGGUUUCAUUAAAUGAAGGUCACGCCUAUGACAGAAGAACAGGUAAAUUCACCUGCCCUGAGGAUGGAAUAUACCAUUUCUCCUGGACCACAGUUUCCGGUGCUGGUAGAGAUUUCAGUAGUGUAUUAGUAGCAAACGACAAGAAAAUUGCAGCAAAUGCUGUUGAUAGUGACUCAGUCAGCGAUACCAUGACAGGUACCAGUAAUGUUAUUGUGCGAAUGAUCAAAGGACAGAAGGCUUGGAUUGCAGUUCAAACCAGCGAAGGGACUCAUUUGGACGUGAGAUGGAAUGACGCACCAUGUUCAAUGCUUUCCGGAUUUAAGUUAUGAUCAGUUUAGACGGGAACUUAAUUAUACAUGUUAUAUGACUAAAGAUAACAAUUAUAUGACAUUUACCUAGGAUGUUUUAUACUUUUAUGUGGAUCUUGCUUGUUUUUAUUCAGUUCGAUGUAAUCAGAAGGAAAUAUAAUUUGAUAGAUAACCAUAAAGAUUGCUGAAAACUAUAUAAUUUUUAAUAUUUGAGUCACAAUUUUGCUUAUACAUGAAAUGUAAUCAAUCGAUAUUGAAAUGUUUACCCUGUAUUGCCAUUCACUAACAAUCUGAAAAUAAUAAGCGUUUCCUUCCUUUU